GACAAGUGGAACACAGUCCGUACUUGUUGUCGCUUAACGACAUAUCUCACUCAAAACGAAGUAGCUACCAAGAACCAGCUUUGAUUUGUACGACGCUCCCACGCUUUCGAGUUUCGAUGAAAUCCAUGCCUGCACCGCAAUGCAAUCACUCAUUCCACACCAAACAUUUUUGGGAACAAGAAAAACAGAUCACAGAGCAGACAGAACCGAAUACUUUCGAUCGGCUGCAGACAGUACUGCAAGAACAGAACGAAUCAAAGAGAGAAAUCCCCUUUGCCUUUUUCUUGCGAUGAGAAAUAUGCUCCGUUUAGCAUUUGAAGUUAAAGUUGUACUGUUGAAUUUCACGUCAAUGCAGUGAAUUCUCCACCGGUUAUGCUUAAUAUGCAGAGUUCCUCAUCCAAACAGUCUUCACCAGCUCUCUUCUUGCUCCUUGGUGGGAUAGUUCUGCUCCUCAUUCUGCUAAUCCUCGUAUUCAUCUCACGCAAACUCAUCAAACUAAGGAAACUGAAAAUGCUUGUUGCUCGGACAACAAAGCAACCAGUAACAAGAGAUAUCCUGAGUGGAAAUCUUCGUACGAUAAGUUAUUUCGACUUCCAAACGUUGAAGAAGGCGACCAAGAAUUUCGACCAGAAUAAUCUGCUUGGGAGAGGUGGUUUCGGGCCAGUCUUCUUGGGAAAGCUAGAAGAUGGAAGGUUGGUUGCCGUAAAGAAGCUAUCAGUCGACAAAUCACAGCAAGGAGAAACAGAGUUCCUAGCCGAGGUGAAAAUGAUCACAAGUAUACAGCACAAGAACCUUGUCCGUCUUUUAGGUUGUUGCUCGGAUGGAGCUCAACGCUUACUUGUCUACGAGUACAUGAAAAACAGGAGUUUAGAUCGUAUCAUUUAUGGGGAAAGCCAGAUAUUCUUGAACUGGACCACUCGGUUCCAGAUAAUACUCGGGAUUGCUCGAGGAUUGCAAUACCUUCACGAAGAUUCACACGUCCGAAUCGUUCACAGGGACAUUAAGGCAAGUAACAUUCUCCUGGACGACAAAUUUCAACCUAGGAUUGGGGAUUUUGGGCUGGCCAGGUUUUUCCCUGAAGAUCAGGCUUAUCUCAGCACUAGGUUUGCUGGAACCUUAGGAUAUACUGCACCCGAAUAUGCAAUUAGAGGAGAACUGUCAGAAAAGGCCGAUAUCUACAGUUUUGGAGUUCUGGUUCUUGAAAUCAUUAGCAGCAGGAAAAACACUGAUCUUACGUUGCCAUCAGAAAUGCAAUAUCUCCCUGAAUAUUCCUGGAGGCUGUAUGAGAGGGGCAUGCUAACUGACCUCAUUGAUCCGAGGAUACAAGAAGACAGUGUUGUCAGUAAAGAUGUCUUGCAGGUGAUUAAGGUUGCAUUUCUGUGCCUUCAGCCUCAUGCCAAUCUACGGCCACCAAUGUCCGAGAUCGUGGCGAUGCUAAUGUGCAAGGUUGAAGUGGACGGGACGCCUGUGAGGCCGACGUUCUUGGAUCGGAAGCCACAGAAAGUUGACAAGAUUUCAUGGGACUCAAUAUCAGAGCCUUUCCCAUCUCCGUUGAAGAGUGAUUCAUCGUCCUUUCCUCAGCAUCCAAAGUAAGAAUGUUGUCCUAGACACGUCGAGUUUGAUCA